ACGGUGGAUCCGUGCCUCCCUCAGAACCCCGAGCUGGUGGCCCGGCUGGAGCGGAUCAAGGCAAAGCUGGCACACGAGGAGUACCAGCGGAUGACCCGCAACAUCACCGGCCAGGAGGUGAACGGGCCAUUGGCUGAAUUUGGGAGGCAAGUUCGUUCCAUGAAAGCCGUUGUCAUCACCAUCUUCAACUUCAUUGUCACCGUGGUGGCCGCCUUUGCCUGCACCUACCUGGGCAGCCAGUACGUCUUCGCAGAGACAGCGGCGCGUGUCCUGUCAGCCGUCAUUGUGGCCUCAGUGGUGGGCUUGGCCGAGCUGUACGUGAUGGUGCGGACCCUCGAAGGGGAUCUUGGCAAACUAUGACCAUGAAGUGCAGGCUUCGUGCUGGAGCCUUUUGUCCUCCCCAGGAGCUGCUAAUGUGGGACAGAUCUUGUCCUGUCUGUACCUGUUCCUGCUGUGGGAAGACUGCUGCACUCCUCAGGCUCAUCCUUCGCUUCCCACUCCUGAAAUGAAUCAUGGAUUGGAAAUCCCAGAGCUGCAGAACGGGAGAGGGAAUGGCUGUGGACUCCAGCCACCCCAGCAGGGAGAGGGGCAUCAGCUCCUGCCAUCCCUGCUGUCCUGGGAAGUUUCUGUCUGUUUUUAUUCCGGAAAUAAAUUUAACACUGUGUGUUUGUAACCUUC